CAUCGAUCACGUGUUUGAAAUUUGAACUACCAAAAGAAAAAAAAUAUCGACUUUCUUUCCGAACUACCAACCGGAUUUUAAUUAUAACCGUUUUUUCAAACUUUUUUUUAAAUUUAUAAAACUGGUUCAAUUUAAUUGUAUUUGAACAUUUCUAGUGAUUAUCUUUAAAAAUAGUCCUAUUUUUAUACAUUCUGUAUUCAAAACAUUUUUUUAGGUUACAAUUACCAUCCCAUCAAAUAACCUAGUAACAAAAAUGAAAUUUACUAACAAAAUAUUUUUGGAACUACGUAUUUAUAAACUAAAGAUUACAAUGUCCAAUAAUUAAGUUUAUCAUGAGAUUCAAAAACAUUUCUCAAACACUUCCAAAUUUUCCCAGACAAAACAGGGAAAACAUCUUUUUCUUGUAUAAGAUCGUUUAUUUUUAAGGCUGAAAUGGUCCUUUUAUGUGAGUGUUUCCCAAGUUUAAGUGAAAAGCAAUAUUAAAAUUUCUAUUUUGGUGGUACAGGAUGGCAAUUGUAGAUGAUCAACAGUUUUGUUUGAAGUGGAAUAAUUUUCAGGCUAAUAUAACAUCUCAAUUUGAAACACUGCGUGAUGAUGAAGAUUUUACUGAUGUUACAAUUGCAUGUGAUGGCCAAAAAAUGCAAGCUCAUAAAGUUGUUUUAUCAGCAUGUAGUCCCUUUUUUAAAGAACUAUUUAAGACAAACCCCUGCCCUCACCCAAUAAUCUUCAUGCGUGAUGUAGAAGCUCAACAUAUCACUGCUCUGAUGGAAUUUAUGUAUGCAGGGGAAGUAAAUGUUGCUCAAACACAUCUCUCUGCAUUCCUAAAAACAGCAGAGUCUUUAAAAAUUCGUGGUUUAACUGAUACUUCAUCAGCUUUAAACAAAGAGGAAGAUAGUCUUGGUUUUAAUAAAAACCCUAAACAUAAAAUAGAUAGGUCUAAACAGAUAUCAUCAUCUACAAUAGUAACUUCUAGUCAAGAUGUCCCGGAGGCAUUGCCAAAUAUUUCUAGUCCACCUCCAAAGAGGCUUUGUAAGUCUGAAUCAGAGAUAUUGUCUCCAAGACAAAAUACUGCAGAAGAUUCUUUUGGAUUAAGGGAAGAUUCAAAGGAGGAAAGUGACAAGGAUUAUGUAAAAAAGUUGUUGCCAAAACUUGAAAAUGCUGAUUAUUUAAGUGAUGAUGCAGAUGAAGCUGAUGUUAGAGAAGAUAAUGAUACUGGUGGGUUCACAGGACUUUACCCAUCAACAGAUAUUAGUGAAUUGCCAGGUGGAAUGGAAAUAAUACCUCAAACAUCUAAUUUUCUUGAAAAAGAUGGAAAAUAUGAACAUUUAGCAUUAGGCAACGACACGAGGAAACUUCACUCACUGGAUCCCAGACCAUGUGACGAAUGCGGGAAAGUAUACAGUAACCUUUCCAAUUUGCGGCAACAUAUGAGAUUAAUUCAUUAUCCAACAUAUGUGCAAUGCGUAUAUUGUCAGAAACAGUUCAAGACAGAUCUCUACCUAAGAAGGCACAUAAUCAGUUCCCACAAUAACCAGAAUAUAUACAAGAGUGGAUUUUCUCAUGAAAAGUCUUUAAAUAACAUGAAGUUUUUUGAUAUAAAAAGCGGCUUUGAUAACCCAAAUGAUUGAAUAAAUCAAAAUUAAAUUUACAGGGAUCAGUGAACCAUUUUGUUAAAAACAUCAAAUGGCAACCUAUUUACUUCUUUACCGGUAACUUGAAGGAGACGUUCUUUUAACUCUACCUCGUCCAAGUCAAAUUAAAAAAAAAAAAAAAUACAACCAUUCUUUUAAUUAUUAUAGUAGACCAGAUGAAUUGGUUGUUGAAAUUAUUAAUAUUAUGUAUAUAUACUAUAAUCGCUUCAAGAAAAGUAAAUAGGACUAAAAAGAAAUUUAAAACAUUUUUGUAAAUAUUUCAAAGAGUUUACAUUGAUUAUUAAUCACAAGCGUGGUUUACACUAUAGUGUAUUCUUCUUCUGCGGUAAAUCACUGCGAUUUGUGUUUGGAGUUCUGACUAAAAUAUCAAAAUUAUGAAAGUGUAACUACUAUUAGUUAUAAAGAACCCAAACCUUCAAAAUCAGUAUUAUUGGGUAUUAGUUAACAAUGAAUCAUUGAUUACGUCGAAAAUUUGGUAUUUACUUAUUGAUUUCAAAAAAUGUCAUUUUCAUACCAUGUUUAACUUAUUUCGAGUCCUGUUAUAUAGAACAAAUUAGUGUUGUAUAACAAGAUUUUUCAUACAUCUAUUUGAAGUG